UUAAAUACUUGAGAAUUUCUGCUAACUUUGUUAUCCAAAAUUCCAAUUCAUAAAAACAAAAUACUUUUCAAUCUUCCAUAGCCAUGAAUUCUUCUUCAGCUUCAUCUGACUACCACAAAUUCACACCGUCGCCGUACGGCGACGGCGUGAAGACCGGCGUGCCGGUGAGCUCGUCGUCGACGACCAGCCAUGCCUACAGUUCCGAGGGCUCUCAUAUUGCGCCCAACCUGCAAGUUAAGCCUAAGAUCCGCGGCCCCUGGUCGACCGGCCUAUGCGACUGUUUCUCUGACCCCCGUAACUGUUGUAUAACUUUGUGGUGUCCGUGCAUCACUUUUGGACAGAUUGCUGAGAUUGUAGACAAGGGUUCUAAUUCUUGCGGAGUGAAUGGAGCCCUUUAUACAAUUUUAGCUUGUGUGACUGGUUUCCCAUGCUGCUACUCAUGCUUCUACCGGUCAAAGAUGAGGGAGCAGUACAUGUUGAAGGAAACUCCCUGUGGGGACUGUUUGGUGCAUUGCUUCUGCGAGUCCUGUGCCCUCUGCCAAGAAUACCGCGAGCUUAAAAACCGUGGCUUUGACAUGUCUAUUGGAUGGCAUGGAAACGUGGAAAGGCAAAAUCGUGGAGUUGCCAUGGCGCCAUUAGUUGAAGAAGGGAUGAGCAGAUAAGAAGGCUAGUUGGGCUGCCUUUUCAACUUUUGAAAAUACUAAAAUGCUCUUUUAAAUUGGGUGUAUCUUUUAAACAUUUUUACUUUUUGGAAUGUAUUUAUUAAUUUUACUUUGUGUAAAUCUUCGGAUAUAAAUAAUUUUAAUAUUUACUAAAAUUCGCAUGCAA